UAUAUACGUUUUUUUUGUUCUGCUUGCGCAGCGCAUGAGAUUCCACUUUUUUUUUUGUAUUUACUUUCAGUUCGAUCAGUUGUCAUUCUGUAAUUAGUAAAGUGAGGUGAUGUAAUACAUUCUUUGAAAGAAUGCAACACCAAUUCAAGUUAGUAGAUAAAUGAUUUUUGAUCUUAUAAGCGGCAUAAGAAUGAAAUUGCUUCUUACUACUGGUGAAAGAAAGUUGGGAUGAAUUAGUUACAUUCAAAGCAGUGUGCCAGCAAGCAUCUCUUCAUUCAAGCUAUUGCUUUGUAAAUUUCCUUAUAUGAGCCUUUCCUGAGUAGCAGAGCUGAAUAUCAAUGGGUUUUAAUGCUUGGUUUAAAAUUGCUGUUCUUCUAAAAUUCACUAAAAAAGAAACGUUCAAGAUAGAACGAUCCUUGUUUUAUCUAAUGGGCAGUUGAUUUGGACCAUCUUCUCUAAGAAAUAAUGUUGUUUUUCACUUUUUCUCUGCUAAAAAACAGGGAAAGUAAACAUUUCUUGUGAUAGCUCAAGAAUAUAAAAUGACUGCUCCCACUGCUUUUCAUGAAUAUCAUGGAAGAAAUAUUGGUCUGUUUGAAAACAAUACUGUAGCAUAUAGGAAAUUGGGAUAUGCAGAUGGAAUAGUGUUUUCAAGAGAUCCUCUUCUCCCUGGAGAGAUUUUUCUUCUUGAAAUAUCUCAUUUUGAACAUGGAUGGAUGGGAAAUUUAAAGAUAGGUUUGACACAAGAAGACCCAUGCUCAAAAUUUGCUCUUCCUCAGUUUGCUUUGCCUGGAUUAGUUAAUGGAGGCAAAAGUUGGAUAGUACCUGUUAGUGCAGCUGAAGUUAGCAUCUAUGAACAUGCUAGCAUAGACCAACUAGCACCUGCAAUAUAUGAGGGCAAUAAUCAAAUUCACACAACCAGAGGUAGCAUUCCUUUGAAUCAUUUAUUACCUGCGUGCCAUAGACAGAUUAAUGAGCAAUCUGGUACUGCGGUGGAUUAUCAUCGUCCUUCCUGCAGUCAUGGUCCUCUCAGUAUCCACAAUCUUCAGCCUUUUGUGUAUCCUGCUGAUGUUGGAAGUCGAAUUGGUGUUACAUAUGUAACUCGCGAUAGGCGGGCUGAAAUGUAUGUCAUUGUUAAUGGAGAAGUAUAUGGACCAUGUACAUCUGAUAUUCCCUAUAAAAAUGGACCAAUAUAUGCUGUUGCUGACCUGUAUGGUACAACAAAACAAGUACAGAUUGUUCAAACAUAUACUGUUCCAUCUUUGAAAAUAGCCUGCAGAAAUAAAAUACUUCAGCAAGUUUCUCAUUUUCAAGUCUUCCGCUUGCCUUUGCCUAAAUUACUAAUUGAUUUCUUAUAUGAUAACUCAUGACUAGUUAUGAUGUAUAUUAUGGUUAUCAGUUAUUGUAAAUGUAUUUCACGUUAUUCACAAAUGUACAUCAUGUUAAAAAUCUCCUGUUUUUCAUCUGUUAUAUUUUUUAUGAACAAAAAAUUAAAAGUUUAUU